GAUCCACAAAAGAAAUCUAAGAAUCGUAACAAUCAAUCGAAACGGUGAUCGAAUCGUAUAGUGCAAUCACACACCAUGGGAGGAGGAAGAGCGAUGGCGACGGCUGCGAAGGUUGCUGGGAUCGGAGUUGCUAAAGGAGGAUUCAGAGGAGGAUUCGGCGGGUUUUCUCCGGCGACUGAGCAGUUCAAGGUUAAAACCGCCGCCGCGGCGACUUCUAAACCGGCUUCGGCUUCGAUUUCAUCGGUGGCUCAUCUUUCUGCUGAAGAAGAUGGGAUGGCUGUGCAGAGACCGGUUUGGGAUGAUUGGGAAUUCGCUGAAGAGGAGCCGAUUCCUAGGGUUGUUUUCAGCAAGCCUCCUAGUCUUGAAGAAGCUAAAGAAGCUACUGAAGAUCUUAAAGAAGCGAUUAAUAUGGUGUAUAUGACAUCUCCAAAGUCGUCUGCUGCAAUGGAAGGAUCAUCAAAUGAUGGUGGUUCUGUUUCCAAAAUGCUCUCUGGUUUUCAAUCUUCUGAGAAAGCUGUUCCACAAGUUGCUCUUCAAGCAUUUUCUUUUCUCAGUGAAAACACUGCUGCACAGACUGUUGUUGCUUCCAUUGCGUGUGACCCAAAAGUAUGGGAUGCUGUUAUGGAAAAUAAGGAUCUCAUGAAAUUUCUCCAGACCAACAAUACAGCUGCUUCCUCUCAAGUUGAAUCUGACAAUGACGACCAGUUUAGCACGACCGAGUGUGAAGUUAUUGAAGAAAAGCCACUGGAAAUCUUAGAGAUUCUGCAAGACAUGAAGCUAAAAGUGGUUCGAAUGAUGGAAAACGUCUCAUCCUACUUUGGGGGCUUGUUUGGGUUAGGAUCUGAAACAGAGGAUGGAAAAGACAAGAAGCAGACAUUGUUCAACGACCCUCGUACGCUGUUUGGACUAGCUGUGGUUGUCAUCUUCAUGGUAGUUUUGAAACGUGCUUAAGAUCUCUGUUGUUCCUGAAUUCGCCGAUAUAGCGGAAAAAUAACUACCUACUGUGAUCUCUUUCCUGUGCUUCGUUAUCGUUUAUACUUUCUUUUUAAAAAAUACUGGUUGGAGUGAUUUGGAACCGUCUUUGGAUCUUUUCAUAUUAUAAAUAAAAAGAUCCUUGGGAUGUUUUAUCA